AAUCAUCGAGAUGCCAUCUAUUUCUCACGAAGUGAGCAUUGAGAUGUGCACAUCGACUCCUGUAACUCCUGCAGGAAAAACGCCACGUAGAGGAGCCAAAAGAAGGCGUGUGGACGGUGGUACCGAGGCCCAAAAAUCGUUUUUGGAAAUCGCUCAGACCCAAGCAAAUGCCUUAAAAAUGCUAGCAGAGUCGAGUGCAGCGAAUGUACAAAUAGCAAGUAGACAAGCAGAUGCUUUGAAGUUGUUAGCUGAAACAAGUACGGCGAGUGUGCAGGUAGCGAAAUCGUUGGCCGAAGCUAUGACCACAAUGGGGGAAGGUUUAAAGGCAUUUGCGGAUGCCUUUAAUAAUUUAAGAAACGCUACCUACCGCAUGUAAAUAUUGUGUAAAUAUGUAGUUUUUGAAGUAUUUUUUGUUUUAAUAUUUAUAUUAGUUUUAAGCGUUUUAAAUAUAAGUUGAAGUUCUUUUUUGUUUUUAUAUUUAUGUUAGAGUUAAGUUUUCAUUUG